UUCCCCGGCAGAUGCAUUUUUCUCAGCUGCCAGUCCUGUACUUUUGUCAAAUCUGCACGUUAGGGUAAAAAAAAUCCAUCGGAAGGAAAAAGAAAAAGAGAAAAAGACAGAAAGAAAAAAAUGUCUCGUCGUCGUACCUCUCACAGCGAACCAUCUGCCUCGUCGAUGAAUGAGUCGUUUGCCUAUCCGUUUUCCACUAUGCAGCAGCAGAACACUCAGCCUCAGCGGCGUGGCCCGAUCGAAGGGCCCAACGGGCGGAGGUUGAUCCGUCGAGUCACCUGGCGCUCGUCUACUUACAAGCUCAUGGCGUCUCUUUGGGUGUUGGGCGUUUUCUACAUUGUCUGGUUGAUUCGUGAUCUCUUUUAUCUUCCUUUUUCACCUACGCCCGAGGUUGAAUCGGUGCCUUUGAAUGUUGCGGAUGACUUUUUGGCCCAGUACGUUGGUCGUCAAGAGUGCGACAUCUCUUUUAAAUCUCUCUACAAUCCUCCUGAAAGUGGUGAUGAGCGGGCGUUAAGCAAAUCUUACUGUCAGACCCGAUCCUCGCUACUCGAUGCAAUGAGCAGCGGUGGCCGUCAUGGCUUCGACGCUGCUUACACUUCCCAAGGAUGUUCUUAUCGAUGGUACACUACUGCGCAGAUAUGCGAUAUCUUACGAAAAUUUGAUGGGAUCGCUUUUGUUGGCGACGAUUCGCUUGCCAGUGUUUAUGCCGGGUUCAACAUCCUCUUGCGUAAAAACUUGGCCCUUGGCUCCCUGAAGGAGUGGGAAAUGAGCCAAGAACAGGGCGAAAUGUGUAAAUGCAACUCGCAGUUUACUAGCAGCUCUUGUGCAUCACUACGGAUCAGUUCAAGUGACGAGAUACACGCUCAGGACGGCAAGCCGGCAACUCAAAGCCCUUAUGCGUGCUCAACUCAAACCCUUCAUGCUUUCCUCGCAGCCACCGAAUCGCCUGCGUUGAAGAACAGCCACGAAAGGUUCCGUCAGUUGAUUCGUCAAGCGGGACAGAAGAAACCCAUUCCCAUCAUCCACAGUCUUUCGCUUUCUACUUCUUUGUCAGUGCCCACGGCGAAAUCCAGCAUGGAUGAAUGGAUUACACUGGCUCAGGCUACUGGCCGGGAUAUGCCGUUUUUGUGGGUGGGUCCUACGGCCCCUGGCCAUCAGAAGGUCGACGGACAAAACAGCCCCCAUGCAAACAGUGCCGUGUGGCAGUACACCAUGGAUACUGCUGAAGCGGCUCAAAUCCGAGACAUGGAUGUCCUCGGUAUGUACAAUGCCACAUUACAGGCGGAAAGUUGGGACGGUAUGCAUUAUGGCGAAAAGGUGGCUUUGAUGCAAGCCAUGAUGGUCAUCAAUUGGUUGUCUACACUCGAAUAACCGAGUCACACUCCACAUCAAGAUGACGUACGCUGGGAGACAUGUUGAUCUUUCGAAUGACGGAUCAACACCUUCCACGUAAUACCAACAAUCAACGACGCGGACACUGUACAGUGUCCAUACUCGACGAAUCGAGUCGAGUUCGGUCUUCCAGAUACUACAUGAACGAUCGGGAGCCAUUUAUUUCAAAGUAUGCGGCAUGAACAGUUUUCUUCUUUUCAUAUUUUCCUAUAUUUAUCCUCAUUCUGGUCAAUCAAAUUAG